GUAUUCAGGACUAUAGCAAAGCUCCGAAUUCCAAAAAUUCCUAAAAUGAUGGCGAAACGUAUUCUUCCCACCAAGCUCCUCGGCCGCCAUCCCACCCGUAGCCGCAGGUUCAUCUGCUCCGGCGAAGCCAACCCCUCCACCGCUGCCAACAAAAAUCUCCAAGAAGAGAUGCGGAAGCUCCGAAUCCUCCUGCAACAGAACCGGGGCGAUAGCGCGAGGACUUUCAUUGCCAAUCUUGCCCAAUCGAACUCUGUCUCCGAGCUCUACAGUUCCUUCUGCGCCCCCAUGCCUUCCCCGACGAAGCCCCUCUUCGCUGACAUGCUUUUCUCCGCCUAUGUUGACUCCAAGCUUCUCGACAAAGCGAGUGAGCUAUAUUCAUUGAUGAGGAAAGACGGUAAGUUCCCUACUUUGUCUGGUAUCAAAGUGUUUCUUGAAAUGCUGAACAGUUCAAGACAGUACGGAAAGGCCCUGGAAGUGUUUUGGGAUGCGGUGAAUGCCGAUAUGCAGAUUGAUAGCAAUAGCUAUUGUAUAGCUAUACAAUCAGCCGUGAAGUUGGGGGACUUGAGAAGGGCUCUGCAAUUGAUGGACUUGAUGAGAAAGUCUGGGUUGCGUAUGGAUGCCUUUGUUUACAAUGUGGUUAUGGGGGGAUUGUGUAAAGAGAGGAGGGUGAGUGAAGCCCGGAAGCUGUUUGAUGAAAUGCUUGAGAGAAGAGUGGCACGUACUAAGGUGACGUUUAAUAUUCUCAUUGAUGGGUACUGUAAAGCUGGGAACUUGGAAGAGGCUUUUAGUGUGAGGGAAAAGAUGAGGAAUGAAAAAGUAAAGCCGAACGAGAUCACAUUUAACACUUUGCUUAGUGGGCUUUGUAAGAUGGGGAAGAUGGAUGAAGCUAACAAGGUGUUGGAGGAAAUGAAGACUUGUGGAUUCGUUCCGGAUGGAUUUACGUCUAGUAUACUCUUUGAUGGGCACUUGAGGUGUGCUGAUAUUGAUUCUUCUUUGGCAUUGUUUGAAGAAGUAGUGAAGAAAGGGGUUCGAAUUAAUGAGUAUACUAUCGGCAUUUUGUUGAAUGGGAUGUGCAAGAAUGGGAGAAUCGACAAAGCUGAGCAGAUUCUGAACAAGUUGAUGCAAAAUGGAUAUACCCCAACAGAGGUGAUAUUUACCACCAUUGUUAAUGGCUAUUGCAAGGAAGGGAACAUGGAGAAGGUUGUUUCAACUCUUGAAGAAAUGGAAAGUUUCGGGUUUAAGCCAAGCUGUUCCACAUUCAACACAUUAAUCAAUACGAUUUGUAAAUCGGGUAAUAUGGAAGAGGCAGAGAGAUGGUUUAGAAAGAUGGCCGAGAGGCAAGUUUCUCCAACCGUGCAGACAUACAACUUCUUGAUAAACGGUUAUGGGUGUAGCCAUCAAUUCGAUAGGUGUUUCGAGAUUCUUGAGGAAAUGGAAAAUAGCGGGCUGAAGCCCAACGUAGUAACAUACGGUUCCCUAAUAAAUUGUUUGUGCAAGGAUGGUAGGCUUCUUGAGGCAGAAGUGAUCGUGAACGAUAUGAUUGGUAGAGGGGUUAAGCCAAAUGCUCAAAUAUAUAAUAUGGUCAUAGAUGGUCAUUGCACCAAAGGAAAAUUUGAAGAUGCUUUCCGGAUUUUGAACGAGAUGGUUGGGAGCGACAUUGCACCCACAAUUGUAACUUACAAUUCAUUAAUAAACGGACUCUGUAAAAAGGGCAGGGUAAGUGAAGCUGAGGAAUUAACUCGAGAGAUUCCGAAGAGUGGUUUAACCCCUGAUGUCAUCACAUAUAAUUGUCUGAUCUCUGGUUAUUCAGAUGCCGGGGAGGCCAACAAGUGUUUCGAAUGGUAUGAGCAGAUGAAAACUUCGGGUGUUAAACCUACCUUACGCACGUAUCAUCCCCUAAUCAGUGCAUGCAAAAAGGAAGAACGUGGACUGACCCUAGUAGACAAAAUCGUGCAAGAAAUGUUCGAGAUGAAUUUGUCUCCUGACAGAGUUGUAUAUAAUGAGCUAAUUUAUUGUUAUGCGCUUCACGGAGAGGUUGGGAAAUCAUUUGCUCUGCGCAAUAAGAUGGAAGAACAAGGGAUUCAUGCUGACAAGAUGACCUACAAUAGCUUGAUUAUGGCGCACUUGAAGAAGGGAGAGUGUCGAGAAGCCCGGGACCUUGUUGACGCCAUGAAGGCUAGAGGAAUUGUUCCUAAUUCUAACACUUAUGACACGUUGAUUAGCGGGCAUUGCAAGCUCAAAGACUUCGAUGGAGCAUUCAUCUGGUAUAGAGAAAUGUUCGAGAAUGGUUUUCUACCGGUCAUCAGUAUCUGUACUGAGCUGAUCUCUGGACUUAAGGCUGAAGGAAAGUUGAAAGAGGCCCAGAUCAUUUGCUCAGAAAUGAGUGCUAAAGGAUUGGAUGAGUUGAGCUCAAAUGAGGAUUUCUCUGUUGUUUCAGAAGCCUAGCUAGGUCAAAUGUUUUAUCUACACUCCAGCUCUCCAAGUACAUAAACAACUAGCCCGCAUGGCGAGCUCAGUUGGUUAUAGGGGUCAAGUUUGGGAACAAUGACCUGGAAUCGAGGCUCAGCGGCGGUGUGGGAGCAACUUCUUAAAGUGAGGGGACUCUUUGUGUGCAGUAAGCAAAGGUCUAGCAUCUGCGUUCGAGUUAUCAUGAUUUAUAUCCUCUGAUUUAUCGGGUCGGAGCGUGGGGCCUUUGGAGUUGGGAAUUUAACCUUUUGGGAGGAACAAUACAUUCUGACUGGAAUUUUUAUUUGUAGUUUGCAUCUGGUGACUAGAUGAUUCAUUCUUCAUCAGCUUGAGUUUUGUGUUUACA